UCUGUGAUCAUUUACUGAUUUCGAUAUGGUGUAACAAGACUGAUUUUACACGCGUGUGUUAAUCAGCGCUUUCUAAAGUCUCACCUUGGACGUGUAGUGUUUCGUUAAUAAAUACGUCAUAAAGUGUAAAUGCGCAGGGCUGAAAUUCUUUCUGUACGCCCACUAACAUCUGCACUGCAGAAUUGCUUAGACGAUUAUCUGUGAAUACAAUAAAUACGUGAGCCCAAGGAGGUAUUAUGCACCAUGGAGCACAUGAAUCUAGCUGGCGGCUACUUUAUAUCAGCAAAUGUUAAUAAUCGCUGAUGUAUUGGUGAAACAGACGGCAGUUUAUUACUGAAAAUGAGUAACUCCCUUUUGUCGCAAGAAAGUUGGUCUGGACGUCUCUACACUGCUGCUGAUAUUGCGAUUAUUGGUGCUGGGCUGUCGGGUUUGACAGCAGCAUAUAGGAUUUUAAACAAGGACCCAAGUCUGCGUGUAAUUGUGCUAGAAGCGAAGGAUGAUUUCGGGGGACGGACGCAGACAGUGCUACUAAAAGUUGCUGGUGGAGGCAAAGAACCAUUUGAUGUUGGUGGCCAAUGGGUCGACUCUGGACAGGAUGAUAUAAUGCUGUUACUGGAUGAGUUAGAUAUAACUAGCUUCCCACAAUACAGAGACGGAAAAAAAGUUUUUGAAUUUGGAGCACAUUUGAAAACAGAAGACAAUUGUUUUAUCCCGGCCUGUUCAUGGUACUGUCGUUUUCAACUGAACAGCUUUGUACGUAAGGUAGAGAAUAUAAUGAAAAGAAUCAACUGGAAUGAGCCAUUAGAAGAUCCUUAUGUUAAAGAAUUAGACAGCAUGACGCUGGAAACUUUUCUCAACUGCCAUCUUCAAACACAAUUAGCUGUUGGUAUCAUGAAAUCAUUCGUUCAGACUUGCAUAGGGGCUGAGUCUUCUCAGAUUUCGGCAUUAUAUUUUAUAUCAUUUGUAAAUGGAAAACAAGGAUUUAUAAACAAGCUGAAACUGAUAUUCCCAGGGGAUGACACCCAAAGAAUUAUGAAUGGUGCACAUUAUAUAUCAAUGAGGCUUGCUGAGGAAAUUGGAGAUUCUUUGGAACUGGGUGAUAACGUUAUGGAAGUAGUUCAGCUUGAUGAAACAGUUGACAUUAUGACAGCAAGUCAAAAAUUAUAUCGGUGUCAAUAUGCAAUAAUGGCAAUACCACCAAGUGAGGUGCAGAAAAUACAUUUCAUGCCUCCUUUGCCAGCUCAACACAAGAAGCUCUUAGAUCACUUUCCUGCUGGCCAUAUGAUAAAAUUUGUGGCAACCUACAAUGAGCUUCCCCAUGGUCUUGCCAUGGCUCUUAUCGAGCGCUCUUCACUGGCAGACAGCCUUGCAGCUUCCAUUUCCCAGCUUCAAUCCGACCCCCCUGCAGUCGACGAUCUCAGUGCUUGCAACGCCGAACUGAAUCAUGCCAUAUUUUUGCCUACACAAGCCCUCAUCAAGGCACAAUGUCUCAAACAAUGUCUGUCAAUGCUGCCACCCCCCGACACCAGCAACACACUUCGUGGAACUUUGACACAGCCGCUGCAGACAGCUCCACCACCACAUCAGAGGUCCACGGCCCUUGGAGAAGUGGAGCAUACCUGUGGAAAUCACUGCCUCGAUCUUGGCCUGAGUUGCUCUGUGUAUAUCAUGUGGAAGGAGGCCGGGACAGCAGAAAAGAAGCAGCCCAGGUGUCAUGGCAAUGUCGGGGCAGGUGUCAUGGUGAACCUCUUGGGGAACACUGGAGGGGUGGGUGAAGAGGGGGAAUGUGGUGAGGAUACCAGCAAAGAGGCCGGAGGAGGAGAGCUGUUUGACAGAGCAAGAGGUGGUGGGGCGAGAUUGACAGGGGAUGGAAUGAUGGGAGGUGGCAUCAACAAUAUGGCAGUUUGUCAUGUCAUGGAGGAGGCCAUGAUGAGAAAUAAAAUCAUUGUCAAGGAUGGGGCCUGUAGCAUUAGUGAUGAACUUAAAAAUACUAAUGAUAAUGAUAACAUGCAGGCUUUUUGGCGUGAGAAAGAAUUGUCGGGUGAAGCAGUAAGUGAUGGUGGAUUAGAUCCAGCAGAGUUUCCGAUUAGCAUGACGUAUGACCUGACCACUCCUGGGGGUCAUCCAGCAAUUGGGGGCCACAUAACUGGCAGCCAAAUGGACUCCUUCAUACUUAGAAGUGCCGAAAAACGAAAGCAGUUGGUAUUACAUCAUCUUUUGAAACUGUUUGGAGAGGAAGCUCUAAAACCUAUCGAUUAUGUAGAAAAAAACUGGUGUGAAGAAUUAUACAUUGGUGGAUGCCCAAUUCAAUACCUUACUCCUGGUGUUAUGUCAUGCAAACAUUUCAUGAGGCAACCCUUUAUAAGGGUGUACUGGGCAGGAACAGAGGCUGCUGUAUCAUGGUUCGGAUACAUGAAUGGUGCCGUGCAGGCUGGGAAUGUGGCAGCACUGGAGACUUUAUAUCAACUAAGACCACAGUGUCUCACAGCUCAUGACCUGAUACAAGUUCACAGAUGCUUUCCAGUAACAAGACCACCAUCUGGAAUCCCCUGGUGGCUACUAUGGGUAUCACUGGGCCUUAUUGGAGUUACCUACAUUGCUUAUCGCAUGUACAAACGAUAAUAGCUUUUGAAACUGUUAACCAAGUGUGAUACAGGUUUUUGUU